GCCGAUGGGGGUAAGGUGAUGUGGCUAGCUUGGCUGUUAGCUGUGAGCGUGUGCCUGAUGGGGGCGGCGGGCUGCGGCCCGGGCCGGGGGGCCGGCCGCCGGCGAAACGCUCCUCUCAGCCCUCUCGUCUUCAAGCAGCACGUCCCCAACGUCAGCGAGGGCACCCUCGCCGCCAGCGGGCUCGUCGAGGGCAGGAUCACCAGGGUCGACCGCAGGUUCUUGGAUCUGGUCCCCAACUACAACCCGGACAUCAUCUUCAAGGAUGAGGAAGGAACAGGAGCGGAUCGUCUCAUGACGCAGAGAUGUAUGGAGAAGCUGAACACGCUGGCCAUAUCGGUGAUGAACCAGUGGCCCGGGGUGAAGCUGAGGGUGACGGAAGGCUGGGACGAGGAAGGUUACCACGCCGUGGACUCGCUGCACUACGAGGGCCGCGCCGUGGACAUCACCACCUCUGACAGGGACCGCUCCAAGUACGGAAUGCUGGCGAGGCUGGCCGUAGAGGCGGGCUUCGACUGGGUCUACUAUGAAUCCAGAGCUCAUAUUCACUGUUCUGUCAAAUCAGAAUCUUCUCAAGCUGCUAAAAAUGGGGGAUGUUUCACUGGAAACAGUACUGUUGAAGUAGCUGGAAGAGGAAAGAAAAAACUGUCAGAACUGAAAGUUGGUGAUAAAGUUGCCUCAUAUGAUAACGGCAAAAUUGUUUACUCUGAGGUAAUAAUGUUCUUAGAUAGGAACCCUGAGAGCAAAAGGCAGUUCUUGAAUAUCAAUACUCCAUCUACCAAUCUGCGGGUGACUCCUCAACAUCUCCUCAUCAGGGUAAAAGAUAACAACACAUUGGAGAAUGUUUUUGCAGCUAGGAUAAAACUAGGAGAUAUUCUAUUGGUUAGUUCAGAAAAAGGUGAACUCCAUCAAGAGACAGUUAUUAAAUCCGAAUUAGUGCUUGACACAGGAGUAUAUGCUCCUCUGACUAAAACCGGAACUGUGAUAGUUGAUAGGGUUGUCGCAUCCUGUUACGCAGUUAUAGAAAGCCAAACUAUAGCUCAUUUUGCCUUUGCACCUGUAAGAUUAUAUGUAAAUGCAAAGGAAGCUAUUUCUAGAUUUUAUAGCCUAGUUACAUUCCGUCAUAGUACUGUGCAUGCUAAAGAGACUGCAGUAAAAGGAAUACCUUGGUAUCCUUUUGUCUUAUAUAAAUUUUCAUCCUAUUUUGCACCAAAAUUUUUAAUGUAUGAUACAAGUGAUGUGAAUAAAGUAUGAAGAGAACUAGUUAAUUAAUAGUUUAUAUAAGAUGAAUCAUUAGAGCCUUGUUUGGUCACUGAAGAGCUGCUAACUCCAUAAAUUAGGUACUUAGUAUAAAUUAAGAUUCAUAAAAUUGUCAGAGGGCGAGUACAUUAAUUUAGAAAAAAAUAUUUAAGACAGUUGAGUAUUAUUAACUUAUUAACUACAACUGCAAAAUAUAAAAAUCAGUUCAUAAUAUUUAUUAAUGGAGUUAUUAUUUUGAUUGAAUGAAUUUAACCAAACAGUCCUUUUGCUUGGCUCUGGAAGAACGCUUAUUUAAAAAUUACCUAAAAGACUUAACAUUUGUUACAUAUUUAAUUUAUAUAUUUUUUAUUUAUAAAUUGUGUAUAUUUAAAAAUUGUAUAUCAUUCCCUCGGCGACUACUCAAUUCGAAAAAUAAUUAUUAUUCGAAUAUGGUAAUGAACUCGCCUGUAAACUAGUAGUUAUGUAAGGUUGUAAAUAUUCCACUGUAAUAUAUAUUUGUAAUUUUUUGUAGUCUUGUACAGAAACAAAAUUAAAUUUGUGAACUUGGUUUAUUCACUAUUCAUUAGAAACAUUGCAUAAAUUAAAAACCAUACAAUCACAAUAGAAUAUCGACAGUGAGCUGCAAAUACCUUCUGCCUGAUAAUUUAUUGAUUCUAUAUCUUCUUAAAUCUACAAUAUCUCCACUAAAUGAUAUUAAAAUGAAAGAUUACCACUAAAAAUAUUAUGAAAACUGUAAUUCAAUUUAUUAUUAAAUUUAAAAAAAAUAGGUAAAUAAUUUUAUUUUAGUAUGAAAAAAAUACUUUUAGAUUGUCAUUUAAAGCUACUUAAUUUGCACAUUGCAGACACUGCCAGCUCACUCUCAAUACAAAUUUAAACAUAUAUACACAUAUGUUCGAAAUAAAAGUAUUACAUCAAUUACUACAAGAUUUUUUAAGACCCAAAAUAACUAUGAAUCUAUUAAGAUCAGUUAUUUAAUAUUAUUAUGCUUAAUAAAUAUCCAAAAAUAUUCAUUUAUAUUCCUAACCAAGUUCACAGAAUAUUUUUAAGUUGUAAAUUGAAUACCAAUUUAUUGUGAUCAAACUGAUAGAGCUUUACUGUAGCAAUAUAUAAAUAUAAUAUAAAUCAAAAUUAGCUCAUUAUCUAUGUACUGCCUAAAGUAAUAUGUAAAUAUUAUUUAUUUAUGAGCCACCAUUGUGUAUUUUAGAUUGUAAAUAUUUAUGUAUUAUAUAAUUUUAUAAUGCUAUGCCUUGUACAGUUUUUAAAUAUAGUUUACCAUUUUAUUUUUUCAUGCAAUAAAGUACCAAUCUUAAAUCUCAUUUAUGAAAUUUUGCUGUAAUGUGAUAAACUAAUGUUGGGCAAUAUUAAAAAAUAAUGUAUCCGUAAUUGCUAUAGUGUUUUCCACAUUUUAACUAAUAAUUUUAAUAAACAGUAAAGAAAAAAAAAUAAUUCUAUGAAAAUAAACAUGAUUUAAUAUAUCUCAAUUUAUCAUUAUUGUUAUUUGUCCAUAACCCUAUCAUAAAAAAGAAUGUGAUUAAUUAUGACAAAUGCCUAAAUUCUAAAAAAAAAACAAAUAAAUAAACCUAUAGACAAAAAGAAGGAAGAAACAAUAAAUAAAAAAAGAUAAACAAAUGAUGUAGAACAUAUUGGAUGUUCCAGAUAAGAUUUCAAAGUAAACUAUUUAAACACUAUAACCUCUAUCUUCUUUCAGCCUUUGAACAUUUAAGACAAAUAAAUACCAAUAAAUCGGAUCAAAAAACUAAUACUUUCAGUUAUAUUUCAUAUACUUUAUAUUGUUUUAUAAACCUCAAUUGGUUUAUAAACCCUUAAUAACAAUUUUAAUAACAAUAACAAUAUGGAUGAGCUAUUUAGUAUUUUAUUAAAAUUGCAACAUGUAAAUUGUUUUUGUUGCGAAUUUUGUUUUUUUUACUUUUCAGAUUAAAACAAGGUGAAAAUAAAUAUUAAUUUCACCAAUCAUCAACCCGACUAUUACUUAAGCAGGCUUUAAUCACUUAAUUUUAUUUUUGGCAAGUGGUUGGAGUAUAAUUUUCUAGAAAAUACUUUUUAAAAAUCUUGAAUAUCCAAAUGCAUUCGGAGUUAUAUAUCUAAAGGUACCUACCUACCUACCUCUACCUAAAGGUACGACAUUUCAUGAAACUAUGGGAAAUCCAAUUAUCUAACUUUAACUCUAACAUUAUUGCAAAAGCAAACCAUUUAUUUUAUUUCUCUUGAUACUGACAGCAGAUGAAAAAAUUCAAAAACAAGAAACAAAAAUAUUGGCAUAGUCAAUACACAUUUAAAUAUUUGUUUGUCCAUAAAUUAUAAAAUGUCUAAACGCACCUUUAAACUAGCUUAGAAAUAGUUUAGAAUUUUUAUAUAUCAAAACAGAAAAACCAAAUACAAUGCUUCAUCUCAGUGCUUAUUUUUUAAAAAUUGUUUCCACAACUUUAUGUUGCAAACUUUAGACUUUUGUAACAAUUUUUUCAAAUAAUACAAGCCUUCUAAUAAAAUAAGCCAGGCAUUUCAUUGGGAACAUUAUAAAACAAUAGUCUAUUAAAAAGAGAAUAGAACAAGAAAAUUAAAUUUAUUAAUCAACUGAAGUA